UUAUAAUGCAGCAGCUAUAUUAAGACAAGCGGGGCCUGUGCUCAUGUUCUGCACGAAGCAACAGCACGCAAGGAUGAUCUGAGGCACUCGUCGUCCUUGUGCUGGGCUAGCUGUAAUAAAUUUAGCCCUUGGCGGGCAGGGCAAAGGAAAACAAGCAAAAAUGGCGGACGAACUCUUCUCAACUAGCACCUCGCAGCUGAAUUUCGAGAAGUUCAUCAGCACAAUCAAUCAGGAAGCUGCCAAGGACCUUGUUCGCAGCAUCAACCAGUUCAUGAAGAACUUCAGGAAGCGGGCACCCGAUAGCGAGGCGGAUGCGCGCGAGGUGCAGGAGUUUCUGACACAGAUGGAGCAGGCGUUUGCACGCCACCCGCUGUGGGCCGGCAGCGGGCGGACGGAGCUUGAGAACGCCGUGGAGGGCCUGGAGAAGUACCUCAUGACUAAGCUGUACGACCGCACCUUUGCGGCGGACCCGCUGGACCGGGAGCGGGAUGACGUGCUGGGGCGGCGGCUGGCGGCGCUGGCCGGGUUCGUGGGGCCGGCACACCUGGAGGUCAGCGCCAGCCUGCAGGGCCCUCUGGCGGCGGACGACGGGGGGCAACUGGCGGCGGCGCAGAGGGAGCUCCGGCGCAUGUCGCUGUACAAGAGCCCUCGCGACAAGCUGGUUCAGAUCCUGAACUGCUGCAAGAUCAUAAACAACCUGUUGGCCAGCAAGCGGGCCGGCGCAGGCGCGGACGACUUCACGCCCACACUCAUCUACGUGACCAUCAAGGCGCAGCCCGAGGCCCUGGCCUCCAACCUGGCCUUCGUUGAGCGCUAUCGCUAUGCCGCACACCUGGGCGGAGAGGCGGCGUACUUCUUUGUGCAGAUGCAAGGCGCCGCCACCUUCCUGGAGACCCUCACCACCUCCAGCCUGGCCGGCUGCGACCCGGAUGAGUUCAUUGCGCACAUGCUGGCCGCCGGAGCCAUGAGCGAGCAGGAGCUCAGCGAGGGGCAGCUGCAGGCCCAGCGCAGGAGGUCCGGCGCACUCACCUCCGUCGCGCCGCCGCCGCCCGCGCUGCCGCCGACCGGCGCCGGUGUUGGUGCCGCGGCGCCAUCACAGGUGUACGGCAACCCAAUGCUCGCGGCGGCGGCUGGCGCCGGCGCAGUCGUGCAGCCGUCGUACCGUGCUGGGGCGGCGGCGCCGCCGCCUGGCGGCGCGGCGUCGCCGUACGGGCACACGUACGGGCAGCCACCGCCACCGCCACCGCCGCCGCCGCCGCCGGGGAGUCAUGGCCAUGCGGCACCAGUGUACUACACGGCGGCGGGGGCGGUACCGGGAGUGCAAGGCCAGGCGGGCGUUGCCUACCCGGGCACAGUGUACGGCGCCCCUGCGCCGUCAGGCUAUCCGUACGGGCAGCAGUACGCGUACGGGCAGCAGCAGUGGCCGCAGCAAGGCGUGCCGCCGCCCCCACCGCCCCCUCCCCCGCCGCCCUCCUCUGCGUCUCCCGCCGCUGCGCACCCCCACGGCGCCUCUGCUUCUGGCACCGCCUCUACGUCUCAGCUGGUGCCGCUGCCGCCCAAGAGCGUGUCGCAACUGGAGGCGGACGGAGUCAGGCUGGUGCUGCGCGCCGAGGCCGCCGGCGAGCUGCGCGCCCGCUACCGCUACCUGUACGCCAGUCCCGAGGGCCUCACGCUGCGCGACGUGAGCCAACUGCUGGCGGCGUACAAGGAGCUGGCGAUCAAGUACGAGACACUGGCGCAGGCUGUGGAGAACAACGUGCUCAAAUACUUUUCAGACCUGGAGGUCUACCAGGCGGGAGUGGCGCCCGCGCUGCCAGCAGGGCCCACACACGCCGCGCAGCCACACCAGCAGCCGCAGCCGCACCAGCCGCGCCACCCGCCGCCGCCGCCUCCCCUGGGGCCACCCGCGGUGUCGGUGGCGUUGCCUUCCGCCGCGCACCCGCACCCCCCUCCUCCUCCGCCUCCACCCCCGCCGCUUCCGGCGCCGCACCCCUCAGCAGCACAGGCGGCCGCAACGCCCGCACCGCACCCGCCCUCCUCCUCAGCGGCAGCGGCAGCCGCCACCACUGCUGCCGCCGCCACUGCUGCCGCCGUCACCACCGCGCCAUCCGGCACGGGGCCGGCAGCGCGGCAUGUGGACCUGUCGCAGUUCAUGCCCGCCUACCAGCUGGAGGCGGAGGGCCUAGCCGGCUUCGCGCCCGCCGGGGCGCCUGUGGAGGCGGCGGGGGCGCCUACAGCAGGCGCCACGACCGCCGACCUGCCGCCUGCGGCGGCGGCAGAGGAGGCCGAGCCGCUAGUUGCGGAUGCGUCCUUCACGCUGCCGCCGCCGGCCUCGCCGCCGCGGGCCCACGGGCAGGAGCAGCAGCAACAUCAGCCCGUGACGCCGCUGCUGCCGCAGGCAUCCGCCUCCAGCGCCGCCGCCGGCGCCAUCAACAGCGACGGCGGUGGUGGCGCCGCCAGCGCUGAGGACGCUGACGUGGACCUGUUGGACAAGAAGCUGACGCCGCCGCCGCCGCUACGCAGUGUACUGCUGGAUAAGCAGCCCGAACUGGACCUUCUGUCCUUCAAUGACUCGCCCGUGCCUACGGCAGGGACCACAGGCACCGGCAUGGCGGGCGCGCCGCCGCCGCCGCCUCCAGGGCCGCCGCCUGUGCUGUUGCAGGAUGCCGUUCCGGACGCCGAGGAGGUGGGCGCCCGCAGCAGCAGCCAAGGCGCGACCGGUGCAGGCGCUGGUCCGGGCCUAGAGGCAACGCUGUCGCCGGCAGUGGCAGCGCUAGCCACGCAGCCUGCUGGCGGGGAGCCGGCGGCUGGCGCCGGGGACAGCGGCCCUGGCGUUGCCGACCUGGAUCUGGACUUGGGACUAGGGCUGAAUGCCCAGGACGCCGCCUCGGCGCCCACGGUCGUGUUCGCGCCGUCGCAGCCGCCGGAGGCAGUCGCCACCGCCACCUCAGCACCGCCAGAGGCCACGAGCCCGGCUCCUGCUCCUGCCACUGCCCCUGCCGCUACCGAUGCGGCUGAGCCGGGCGAUGGCAGUGACGCUGCUGGAGGCGGCGGCGCAGGGCUGUCGGGGACGCUGGACCUGGGCCAGGUGCUUCUGGACGUGGAUGUGGGCGGAGGCGGAGGCGGGGAGUCCGCGGCACCAGAAGCUGUGGCGGUGGCGCCAGCGGAUGCGGUGGCGGCGCCGGCAGCCAUGCCGGAGGCGCCGCAAGCAGCCGAUGUGGCUCCGCCAGUGGCGGCGCCGGCAGAGGCGGUGCAGCCAGUGGCAGCGCUAGCUGGGGAGGUGGAGACGGAGGAGCAGCGGCAGGCGCGGGUGGAUGCACUGCUUGGGGAGCUCCUGGGCGGCGGAGGUGGAGGCGGCGGUGGGGAGGAAAACACGGGCGCCGGUGUGGCGGAGGCGCCGCAAGCUCUCAACGGCGACGUCACGGCCGCAGCGCAUGCGGCGGCAUCUUCAGGGGCGGAGGCGCAGGAUGCGGCGGCUGCGGACCCGCUUGCGGACGUGUUGGCGUUGUAUGGGGCCGGCGGCGACGUGGGGGCUAGCGCCGAGGCGGCUGGGGCGGCAUCAGCAGCGGCGGCGCCACCAGCAGAGGGCGACGCCGGGGCCGAGCCCCUCUUUGACGGGCUAGCCAUUGUUGGACCUGCUUAGUCUCGCGUCGGCAUGUUGUGUUUGUGCAGGUCAGGGAUUGGGUGUUCUGGCGCUUCAUGCGGAUGUUGCAAAUGUGCAUCGAAGCGGAUCUGGGCGACGAUGUCCCCAAUCCUACGUAAUCCGACCCAUCGGGGCGACGUGAGUUGCAGGUGGGCGGCGCACGGGCGGCGCGAUGGGCCGCAGCGGAUACCCCCAGAAUGGCAAAUUGACGCACCGCCGCCGGGGCGUGAGGGGAGAAUUGCCAAUGUCGGCCAGCGGCAGGUGGAGAGCGCUGCGAUGAUCGGUCGGCAUCGCAUCGCGCUCUGUUCAUGGGCGGAAGGGGCAUGGGACGGAGGGGCAAGCGCGCUGGCCAACCAACAAGGCCUGCCGUCCAUAAGAUUUCUGGCUCGGGUGGACUAAAAUGUAAGCAUAACUUGUAACACUUUUCAGCU